AUGGCGGCUGCAGUGGCUGGUAACUCCGGCGAGCGGUCACGUAUACAAAGACAGGGUGCUGGGAAAUUACUCGAUGUGUCGUCUUUAAAAGAUAUCGCACGCGACUCGCUUGUGCUUGCUCUGAACUCGGUCAUUGGUGCUAAGACGCUCGUACUGGACCCCUCGCUGGCCGGCCCACUCAGCUUAGUCGCGGAGAUCUCGUUGCUACAACAACAUGGAGUGGACAAGAUGUUCUGGCUAGAGACCGGCUCCUUGACGGCCAGCACGACUAAUAUCGUGUACUUGUGCCGUCCGCAGAUCAGAUGGGUCAAGAUCAUAGCUGACCAGAUCAAGCGACAUGCCCGAGAGAACAGGAAACAUACGUACACCCUCCUUCUGGUACCCCGCGUGUCGACUGUCGUGAGUCGUGUGCUCGAAGACGAGGGCGUACUCGGAGACGUAACGCUUGCCUCCUACAAUCUACAAUUCAUUCCCAUUGCGGACGAUGUCAUUUCCCUCGAGCACGACGGAGCGUUCAAAGAGAUCUGGGUUGAUGGCGACGAAACGUCGGUAUACAACUCAGCCCAGGCUUUGCAUACCAUACAGCGCCUCUACGGAUUGUUCCCGCGUGUCCUGGGGAAGGGCGAUGUCGCCGGGCGUCUAGUUGAUCUUCUCCCUCAAGCCCGUAGCCAAGCAGCGAAGGAUGGCUCAGAUGACCAACUGGUACUGUCCGACCAAUUGGAUUGUCUCAUCGUCCUCGACCGAAGAGUCGACAUGGUUACCCCGCUACUCACUCAGUUGACGUACGAGGGUCUUAUCGACGAGGUCAUUGGCGUCAAGAACUCCCACAUUGAGGUGCCUGCCUCUUUGGUUAGCGCGCCUACGAACCCCUCUGCCCCGCCAACUGCGGCGGCUACCCCUCCGUCGGCGCCCGCACUUGCGAAGGAGAAGAAGCGUAAACAUCGACUGACGACAGACAAUGACCCUAUUUUUUCGGAGCUACGGGAUCUUAACUUUUCCAAUGUGGGAAGGCGACUGAACAGAGUUGCUCGAAGAUUGGGUGAAGAAUACCAGGCUCGUCACAAGGCCCAGACGCCUGCUCAGUUGCGCGAUUUUGUCGGGAAGCUGGGUGGACUCGAGGCAGAGAAGCAAGCAGUACACCUGCAUACCGGACUGUCCGAGUUGCUACUGCCGUUUACACGCUCGGAGGUAUUCAAGAAGUCGCUUGAAAUUCAACAGAAUCUUCUAGAUUCGUACGACAUAGCCGGCCAAAUCACAGCUAUAGAAGACCUCCUUGCACAGGGUGUGGACAUGCAACUCGUGGUCAGGCUACUCUGCUUAGCCAGCCUCACCGCGGGUGGUAUCAAGAGCAAGGCGCUAGAAAAUAUCAAGCGUGAACUUCUCCAGACAUACGGCUACAGCCUUCUUCCUGCGCUUCUGUCCCUGGCUGCGCCGCCCCUCGGAGCCCUACUGCCCAAUCCUCUGCCUCCGACAGCCCCGGUUGAACUUGCCAGCCUGAGGUAUCCCUAUGCUUCCUUGCGCAAAUCGUUGCGACUCGUCAUCGAUGGCGACGAAUCGCUUGAAGAACUCGAGAACGACGUCAGCUACGUGUACUCUGGUUACGCGCCAAUCAGUGUCCGGCUUGUUCAAUGUGUCGCUCAAAAGGGUGGCGUGCUAAGCAACCCUGCGGCGGGAAAAGACAAGGCGGCAUCAAGCGCAGAUCAGGACGACAAUGGGCGCGCUUCUGCUGUCAAGAUGCAAGCGCAUCCAAUCGUCGGCUUCAAGGGAUUUGAGGAUGUUGUCUCCAGCAUACCGGGUAGGACAAUCGAUGUCUCGCAAAAGGGAGUUGGCAGUACCGAAGCCGGUGCCUCGUCCGCACUGUUGCCUCAACGCGAGCAGUCAACCACAACCGUCGUCUUCUUCCUCGGCGGCUGCACGUAUACCGAGAUCGCUGCCUUACGUUGGGCCGGGCGUCAGAAUGAAGGUCGCAAGUUCCUUAUCGCGACCACGGGAAUUGUCAGUGGAGCGAGUAUUGUAGAAGGUAUAGCUGGCGUUGGGCGCGGCGCGGCGGCCAGCUCGAGAGAUGCGGGCUUGAGUUGA